AUGACAGUAACGAGCACGAAACCAAUUGCGUCAACCGGCAUUCUACCUAGUGUAGACGGUUCAGCUGAGUGGAAUUAUGGACAGACAAAGGUUAUUUGCUCGGUCUCUGGUCCUAUGGAGGUGAAGAUUCGAGACGAGAUCCCGAAUGCUACUACUUUAGAGCUGGUUGUAAGGCCAGUAGCCGGACUUUCCACUACUCGUGAGACACUCAUCGAGGAUAGACUUUAUUGUGCGUUGUCAUCGGUUGUACUAAGACAUAUUCAUCCUCGGUCCCUGGUGCAAAUUGUGGUACAAGUCAUGGAGGCAGGCGAAUCAUCGAAGUUUGUUUGCCGAGAACUGGCGGCCAGUAUUAAUUCGUCAAAUCUUGCUCUUGUUGAUGCUGGAGUUCCUUUACAAGGUCUUGUAGUUGCGACUAGCAUUGCCAUUUUAAACGAUGACAAACAUAGCUUAAUCGUAGAACCUUCGCACCAAGAUUUGGAAGCCAGUGUUUCGUCGCAUGUUGUCGCAUACGAGUUUGUCGAUAAAGAGCCACAGCGCCUCCUCCUGUGCGAAAGCACCGGUCAGUUCAGUGAAGAAGAGGUAUACGAAGUGCUUGAAAGGGCCUUAGAAGGAUGCAACACUGUGUACCAAUCUGUGAGAGGCACAUUAGAACAGAAAGUUAGUAAGGACUUUGUGUGGCGGUAA